CUUUUAUUUUGAAAACAUCAUUGCCACGUCCGCUGUUGUCAUUUAAUAGCUUCAAACAUAUUGAUUGCGUUUACUGAGUUGCUCAGUGACAGAUUUUAAUUAUUUAGUUAUUUAUGUUCGACAAGAGGGAUAAAAAAGAAUCGAGGAUAUUCGUUGCUUUUUACGAGUCAUUGUCCUUUUCAUUUAAGUUGCAUCUAGCUUCACGCGUUUGUAUAUGUAAACAUGGACAGGCCGGACGCCACAUUUACUCUGGCUUAUAUAGUAUUUGUGUUGUGUUUUGUUUUUACGCCGAAUGAGUUUCGUUCGGCUGGUUUGACGGUGCAGCACAUGUUCUCAGAGUGGCUGGGCAGUGAAGACAUCAGCUUCAUUCAGCACCACAUCAGACGAACAACACUCACUCUGCUCUUCCACAGCUUCCUGCCCCUUGGAUACUACAUAGGAAUGUGUUUUGCUGCUCCUGAACAGAAUCUCAUGUACAUCCAUCAUGCAAGUCAGGGAUGGCAAAUAUACUUUGGGUUGUCACUGGCCAUCCAGCUUUUGAGUUGUGCACUUGCUUUCUAUUGGUCCAGACGUGGAUGGGCGAAUCAUCCGAUAUGUCAGGCGCUCAGCACACAUGCCUUACCACACUCCAGCUGGAGGGCCGUUGCCUCAUCCAUCAACACAGAGUUUCGCCGCAUCGAUAAAUUUGCUUCCGGUUCUUCUAGUGCGAGAGUGAUUGUCACUGAUACUUGGGUGAUGAAGGUCACGACGUACUCCUUGCGUGUUGCCUUGCAUCAGGACUGUCAUCUGACUGUCACAGACUCCAAGCAUCACAGCCUAUCGGCUGAAUUGAACACGCCGGUGCAAAUUGUCACUAUCACUGUUGCCAGUAUCAAUCCCAGAGUCAAGCCUUUUGACAUAAGGCUGAAAUCCACCGAAUAUGUUGAGCUGCAAGAGAAACUGCACGCACCCAUCAGAAACGCCGCCAAUGUUGUCAUCCAUUUGACAAUGAGUGAGCUGUUUUUGGAGACGUUUAAGUCAUAUGUGAGGUUGAAUGAAGUCUACAGGUGUCCAAGUGGCCAGGAACUUGAACCGUGUAUUGGAUGUAUGCAAGUCAAUGCCAACGUGAAGCUUCUGCGACUGUGCCAGGGAGACAGUGAAGGCGAAUGCCAGCAGUGCUACUGCCGCCCCAUGUGGUGCCUCACAUGUAUGGGCAAAUGGUUUGCCAGUCGUCAGGACCAGCAGCAGCCGGAGACAUGGCUGAGCAGCAGGGCCUUUACGACACUGAACCUGAUAUUUCUGAGCACUUCUGUUUGCUUUUUCAAAACCUUUGUGCCUCCCAAGCUACAAACAUAUCCAAUGACAGUGAAUUGCAUGUCCAGGAAAAGCCAGAAGAAACAAUACAUUUGAUUUUGCUUAAGCAUAGUUUAAAAAAGAAAAGAAAAAAAUCUGUAUUUUUUUCCAUGUUUUUUAACUGUUAUGCAGAUUUGCCCUCCAUUUCUCACUGCAAUAUUGCAAAAAUCUCAUUCUUAAUACUGUAUGGGCAAAAUUUUAUGAAUGUAUUUCAUAUACCAUCAUUGUAAUAUUAGUUGCAAUUGUUUUACAGUAUUUGUUUCUUUUGGAGGGAAUGUGCCUAAAGUCAUGAAAAUGCUGUCACAGUGCAAAUGAUCUUAAUGGCAGAACUCAACACUAAGGAUGGCCUGAUGGCCUUGCUGACUUGGGGUCAGUGUGAAAGAGUGUCAGGCCACUUGCAAACUCAAGCUUAAACGUAUAAUGUUACAAAGAUAAUGUUUUCUAGACAUAGAUGGGAUUUUGUUAAAAUUGUAAAAAUGUCUUGUGAUAGUCUUGAAAGCAACAGUAAGAAUGUUGUACUACAGUGUGUUGAUGAAUCAAUGGAGUCUAGUUUGUUUCUAGUUUGUUGCAUUUUUUUUGUAAGUAUUUCAAGUAUGAAAAACUGUAAUUGCUAAAAUUGACCAUAGAUGGUAAUUUUUUGACAUGAAAUAUGAGCUGGGCGCUUUUUGUGAGAUUCACGGGCCUCAUUUAUGAAGCGUGUGUACGCGUAAAUCCACGCCAACGCUCAUAUUUAUAAAAAGUGUCUUUGACGUGGAAGAGUGCUUAGCGCCACGUCAGGGUCUGAGCAGACGUAAGCACCUUUCCUUGUCAGGGUACUGCAGGUUUCUAAGCUAUUCUUGCAGCUCGCCAUUUAAUAUUUGGACUGGUGAUUUUUUUUUUUUUUUUUUUAUAAAUGUAAAUUACAUUAAUUAGACAUCAUUUAAGAGGCGGAGAACUGAAACCAUUCAGCUGCGCACAAGUUCAAAAUCAUUUGCGAUUUAUAGAUUUGGCAAUUCACAUCUGAAAGAGAGGUGUGCACGCUUUUUCUGUGCGUACGUUCAUUCUAUGAAUCACAAGUACGCACAAUUGAAAAAUGAUUGUAAGAUCAAAUGUAGGACAGUUUUUACGCAACAUUUUACAAAUUAAGCCCCCUAUUUUUAUAGCAGAUUACAAAACAAAUUUAUAGAAACAGCAUACAAAAUAUUCAUAUAAUUUGAUCACAUGCACCUUGCCUUAAAUCAAACUUUCAUGUUGCUUCAUUCUUGUAAUAAAGUCUAAUAUAUUUCUUACCAAGACAA